UUAUUAACAUACUAAUCCUCUAUUAAUCACAUAUAUUUUAAUCCCCUCUUCAAAACUCUGGAUAACACAGCAACAUCCCUUCUUCAAAUUUCAAACCCACCAUGGCCUGAUCUCCACCUCCAUCCACAAACUCAUCAACAAUGGCCACUUCUUUUACAACUCCAUUCUUCCCCACUUUCAAAAUCCCACUUAUUUCUCCUCCUCCAUUUCCAAUCAACGCCAUUUCCCCUCUCCGAACCCCUUUCCGGCCACUCGCUUCCUCUGCGCCGCCGCAAUCUUCCGCCAAACCCCUAAAAAUCCCUCACCCGUCGGAUUUCAGGACAAUCGAAGCAACUCCAAGUGGGAAAUCAAGGUUUCUGAUCAUCGGAGCCGUCUCGGUGGGCGUUGCCCUGUUUCUGAUUGGUUGCGACGGCGAAAGGGCUUUGGCUUUGGGCCCUGAAGGCCCGUUGGUGGAGGAAUUUUGGGACAAUGUUAGAAGAUAUGCAAUUUACGCCCUUACUCUGCCUGAACAACUCUCAAAUGAACCAACUUGAAUUCUGAAUUCCACAAAAGAGAAAAAAAAAAAUUGGUGGGUAUAAAUGUAAACCAGACGGGCAAGAAGAUGCAAUAGAAUAGAUUAUGGAUCAAAAGAUCAAAGAAAAGAAGAGUUAACAUUACCAAGAAAACAUGCAAGGAGAAAACAGAGGGAGAAUCUGUGAAAAGCACCACCUUUCAUGGCUGUUCACUUUCUUUCUGAGGUUAGCUUAAAAUGGGGAAUAUAUAAAAAGCAUUUACAAAGAAUCUAAAAGGAAUGGUAUGAGCACACGUGUAACCAAAAUGGUUUCGAUGAGUCAAACAAUAGUAUCUUCUUGUCUGGUACCUGGUUGACUAAGUUAGCGAUGUUGUAUGAAGUCGGUGCAGAUUUCGAUGAAGAAAGAAAAGAGAAGGAAUGAGAAAACAGAGGAUACAGCUAAACAUGGAGGGGUAGAGUUGUAAAAGCAGAGUGAGGUGGGGAUGUCCGCCAUUAAUGGGGUUUAAGGUGUAAGGUGUGAGAGACGUAUGAAGGAGCGGGUGUUGCUUAAACUGGGAGAUCAAAUUCAGAAAGGGGGAGGUGGGGAAAGGGGAAAGGUUUUUCCUUUUUUAAUGCAAUUCAGAAAGCGGCCGCCAAAAACAGGGGAUGUCGGCUUUUGAUGUGCGGCCUGCGGCGUUAUUUAUUUAGAUGUCUGUGGGUUCAAACAGAAUCUUGUUCUCAUAGUCGUUGGUUGUUGUAAACAAGCUAUUGGGAGAAGAGUUAUAGAACUUGAACUUGGAAUAGGCGUCUAUUUGGUCAAUGAAAUGUUGGGAGGAUGACCUUUUAGUUCUAAGUUGUCUUUUUAAUUUAGGUUUCAAAAUAUUUAUCGUUUAUGAAAAUACAAUUUAGUUUA